GUCACUGGAAGCUAGAACAUUAACGCGAACUAGACCGGAUCGUCAUAUCACCCCGCGACAUCGCUACGUAUACACGGCCGGAGAUCAAACUGGAAUUAGUCCAUACAACCGCGUCCCUACCAUGUCCGACUCGGCAUCCGCGACCGCCGCGGCAGUCGGCGCGACCGUCGCCGUGGUGCUCACACUGCUAAUAGGAGGGCUCGCUUUCUUCUACUUUCGGCAUAAGAGAGAGUCGGCAGAAGUGAUGGAGCUGGAGCAGGAAGACGCCGGGCGCUGUAGUCAAGUGCUGGACAGGUUCCAUCCAGCCUCGAAGGUGACACCAUUCUCAGUAGACGAGGAGGCUCCUCGCUUUACUCAUAUCCCGGGCGAAGCCAUGAGAGUAGCACAUCGGCGAUCAGAUGGAGGUUGGGAGUUCUCUGAACCCCUUACCAUACACCCUCCGCCGUUUGCGCAUGAACUGAGCAACUCAGUCUGCUCUUCACCGACUACCUCCAUCGCUACCACGACCAUGUUUAGCCGGAAAGAGAAGCACUUCGUUGGAGAGCUUACCACUCGCGGAUACAUCGAGAUAGACACAGAAGGUGUCCCGCCACCUGCAUAUAGUGCAAGCGAUAACCGCCAUGGUUCGAAUUGAGAUUUAUUAUAUUUGGUGCUUCCUAUGCUUUGCUUGGAUCGUUGGGCUAGUAUUUAUUGCUAUCGCUAAUGCUGUGAAUCUA